UCCAACCAGCUCAUGGCUUCUUUGCCUCGUCAUGGCCUUCGCUUCCACACACAUGGCGCCCUCUCUUUAACCCACCCCUCUCCUUCCUUUCCAUUUCCUCCUCCUCCUCAGUCCCAUUCCUCUAUGCUCAGAAAACUUCCCCUCCGCCGCUUCCUCCGCCGCCGCUAUCCCUCUGAAUUCUCUCCAAAUUCAACCCCAAUUCCGUUCCCGCGCUUUCCCUUCCUUCUUUCCCAUUCUCCAUUCCGUUUCCGUGCACCCUUUCACGCCUGCAAGGUCCUCGCCAUGGCUGCACAGUCCUCCGAUGGCGGUUCUCACUCUCACAAGUACACCAAUCUCCUUGCUGUUGAACACAGUCCUUAUCUCUUGCAGCACGCCCAUAACCCGGUGAAUUGGUAUCCGUGGGGAGACGAAGCAUUUGAGGAAGCCCGGAAGAGAAACGUGCCGAUCUUCUUAUCUAUUGGAUACAGCACCUGCCAUUGGUGCCAUGUCAUGGAAGUUGAAUCUUUUGAGAAUGAAGAGGUAGCCAAACUGUUAAAUGAUUGGUUUAUCAGUAUCAAGGUUGAUCGUGAGGAGCGGCCAGAUGUUGAUAAGGUGUAUAUGACAUAUGUUCAGGCUCUUUACAGUGGUGGGGGUUGGCCGCUCAGUGUCUUCCUUUCUCCCGAUUUGAAACCUUUGAUGGGCGGGACUUACUUUCCUCCCGAUGAUAAAUACGGAAGACCUGGAUUUAAGACUGUGCUUAGGAAAGUGAAGGAUGCAUGGGAUAAUAAAAGGGACGUUCUUGUCAAGAGUGGAACUUAUGCUAUUGAGCAGCUUUCUGAGGCCUUGUCUGCGUCCGCAAGUUCGAAUAAAUUGCCAGAGGAACUUCCACAAAAUGCUCUACGAUUGUGUGCCGAGCAACUUUCUCAAAGCUACGAUCCAAAUUUCGGUGGAUUUGGUUCAGCUCCUAAAUUUCCGAGACCAGUUGAGGUUCAACUUAUGCUUUACUAUACCAAAAAAUUGGAAGAAUCUGGGAAGUCGGGUGAAGCAGAAGAAAGCCUGAAUAUGGUAAUUUUUAGUCUGCAAUGUAUGUCAAGAGGUGGUAUUCAUGACCAUGUUGGAGGUGGAUUUCACAGAUAUAGUGUCGAUGAGCGCUGGCAUGUUCCGCACUUUGAGAAGAUGCUUUACGAUCAAGGACAGAUCGCAAAUGUUUAUCUAGAUGCUUUUUCCAUAACCAAGGAUGUCUCUUAUUCAUAUGUAUCUCGGGAUGUUCUUGAUUAUCUGAGGAGAGACAUGAUUGGACCCGACGGCGAAAUAUAUUCUGCGGAGGAUGCUGAUAGUGCUGAAUCCGAAGGAGCUACAAGAAAAAAAGAAGGGGCCUUCUACGUGUGGACAAGUAAAGAGGUCGAUGAAACACUCGGUGAGCAUGCCGAUUUCUUCAAGGAGCACUACUACAUAAAGCCUUCAGGAAAUUGUGAUCUUUCCAGAUUGAGUGAUCCUCAUGGUGAGUUUAAAGGAAAGAAUGUUCUUAUUGAGAUGAAAAGUGUAUCUGAGAUAGCAUCAAAACAUGGGCUGCCUGUUGAAAAAUAUCUUGAGAUUUUGGGGGAAUGUAGGCAAAAGCUUUUUAGAGUAAGAGAGCAUCGACCCAAGCCACAUCUUGAUGAUAAGGUAAUUGUUUCAUGGAAUGGGCUUACAAUCUCAUCAUUUGCAAGAGCCUCUAAAAUUCUGAGGAACGAAAAGGAGGGCACAAGAUUCAACUUCCCAGUUGUUGGCUCCGAUGCCAAAGAGUACUUCAAAGUUGCAGAAAAAGCUGCUCUUUUCAUCAGGACAAAGCUUUACAAUGAACAAACACGUCGGUUACAGCAUAGUUUCAGGAACGGGCCAUCCAAAGCACCUGGGUUUCUUGACGACUACGCGUUUCUAAUUGGAGGCUUGCUCGAUCUCUAUGAAUAUGGCGGUGGACUGAAUUGGUUAAUUUGGGCAAUAGAACUUCAAGCCACCCUGGAUGAGCUGUUUCUUGAUAGAGAGGGGGGAGGGUACUAUAACACUGCCGGCGAAGACCCAUCUAUUCUUCUACGGGUGAAGGAAGAUCACGACGGGGCUGAGCCAUCUGGGAACUCGGUUUCGGCUAUCAAUCUUGUCAGGUUAUCCUCACUGGUUUCUGGAAGUAAGUCCGAUUAUUACAGACAGAACGCCGAGCAUCUUCUGGCUGUUUUCGAGAAGCGAUUAAAGGAUACAGCAGUGGCUGUACCAUUGAUGUGUUGUGCAGCUGACAUGUUUUCAGUUCCAUCCAGAAAACACGUCGUCUUGGUCGGGCAUAAAAAUUGGGAGCAGUUCGAAACCAUGCUUGCUGCAGCCCAUGCCUCGUACGAUCCCAAUAGAACAGUUAUUCAUAUCGAUACGACAGACAAGAUGGAAAUGCAAUUUUGGGAAGAGAACAACAGGAAUGUUGGUGCCAUGGCGAAGAACAACUUCGCUGCAGAUAAGGUAGUGGGUUUGGUGUGCCAAAACUUUACAUGUAAGGCCCCUGUAAGUGACCCUGAAUCUCUGGAGGCGAUGCUUGCACAGAAGCCUUCUUGAUCAUGUUACUUUAUGGGAAGCUAAUGAAUGAAUAUGUUUGUAAUCUAUAAUUAGGUUGGAGGAAAUCACCAUGGCGGGUUCCAAACUUUAAA